CCGGAGUACGCUCAUGACCAAUGCUCACAUCACCUGGGUUGAGCUGGCUCUCUUUCUUCUGUGCACCGUGUUCUGGACGGCGAUGCGCGGGGGGAUGACAGCUUACGUCUUCCAGGGGUCACACGUCUCAAUACCAGAGUGAUGGUGAUGGACAGCAAGCUACGGAUCCUCGUCAGAGUACAGCAGCGUGUCUGCUACACAAACGCCCCUGUGGGCUUGAGUUUUCCGGCAUUUUCUCUGGGGGUUGUUGACUGUGGCUGGCUUUUGAAUACACUUCUUUUUGGACCUGCCUGGUUAUGUAAUGGACUCCAUACUGCCAGCUCAGGGGCAAAGGAAGCAGGACGUCCCAACGAGAGCCCCUGACCUACAUUACUCCUUUCACAGAUCCAUCUGGUUGGAGAAAGGGCAUUUUGCUGUUUUGUCCAGAGCAGGGCUCCGUGGUUUAUGGCUGUCCUGGGGCACUUUAAUGCAUCUGCUUACUCAGGCUGAAACCCAGGGGAUUCAGCUAACCUUGUUUAAUAAAAAUUUAAACCUAGAGUUGCCACCUAUAUUUUACAGGAUCUUUCAGUGUUGAAAAAUAAAAUGCUGUGUCCCAUUUUAAACCAAUACGAGAUUUGAUUUGUCCUGUAUUUUCAUGUCCGGACCAAAAUGCAGUUUAAUCCAGACCGAUUUCCUCCUCUUCUAUGUCCCAGGACCCUUGGUGGCAGGUAUUCAGCACUACGGGGGAGCUGGGGAACAUACACAAAAUAACUGCACGAAACAAAAUGGUCAGCUAUACCCGUCCACCCACAUUUCUGAUGAACAUUUUUAGGUAGACGAAUGCAUGUUAUGUUACAUUUAGUGUAAUUUGGGCUGCUGGCCCAGGUUGCCAGGGAGACUGGCUGUUGUACCUUUGUGAAAGGGCUGUGCUUGCGGGUCAAAUUUCCGGGCAGCCAAAAGGGGCAGAGGACCAGAACGACAAUGGUGGUGCAGGUAAUAAUAAUUCUGGGGGCUUAGUUAGCCCCAUCUCCACUUGGGUGGACCCCUCCCCCCCCCCCCCAAUCCAUGGCUCAGCCCAGAGGACAAGCAGACCAUUGUAUGAAACCUGGGGGGAAGGUUAACAACAUCGCCGCAGGAUACACCAUCAGUCACAAGCUGCCAUCUGUCCCAGUUGAUGUUUCCCAUGAUUCCCGGCUGCUGGAUUUGUGUCCCUCUUCCUUCGGACACUGGUGCCUGUGUGACCACGCUGUGAGCUGGGAUUCAGCCUUGCCCUUUGCCGCUGUCCUCUCAGGCAUCCGAGGUCAGGUCUGACAGGCUGGCCUUGCCUGCUUCCUCCCUUCUAUCCCACUGAGAUCUCCCCCACCCAGAGAUCCUCCACUGGUGCAGAAAACAUGACGAGCUGGAUGGAAGGUUGAGCUGAAAUUCUUCCUAUGUUCCAGUGAAUGGCUGAAAAGAUACAAGCCUCUCGCUCGCUGGUCUCGCCUGCAGCCCAAAGAUGCGGCCAAGAUGCCAGAGAGUGCCUGGAAGCUGACCUUCUACACACUGGCCUGGUCCUACAGCGCCUACCUGCUGUUCUUCGCUGGAUACUCCUUCUUCCAGGACCCCGGAUCUGCCUUCCAUGGCUGGCAGAGCGGCAUGCGGGUGCCCUGUGACAUUGCCAUCGCCUACCUGAUCCAGGGCAGCUUCUAUGGCCACUCGAUAUACGCCACCCUGUACAUGGAUGCCUGGAGGCGGGACUCCAUCGUCAUGCUGGCCCAUCACCUCAUCACGCUGGCACUCAUCGCAUUCUCCUACGCCUUCAGGUACCACAACGUGGGUGUCCUGGUCCUCUUCCUCCAUGACAUCAGCGACGUGCAGCUGGAGCUCACCAAGCUCAACGUCUACUUCAAGAGCCGUGGUGGGGGGCGCCACCUCAUCAAUGAGGUUGUCUCCAACCUGGGAUGCGUGAGCUUCAGCUUCAGUUGGUUCUGGUUUCGUCUUUACUGGUUCCCACUCAAAGUGCUCUACGCCACCUGCAUCACCAGCUUGGAAGCCGUCCCCAACAUUCCUUUGUACUUCUUCUUCAACUUCCUCCUGUUCUUGCUGCUUCUAAUGAACAUCUACUGGUUCCUGUUCAUCCUGCUGUUUGUGGCGAAGGUGCUCACAGGAAGGAUGAAGGAGCUCAGCGAUGUGAGGGAGUACGAGGAGGAGGGCGAGCCGAGGAAGGUGCCGUUUGUCAGUGGGCCGGACGCAAAUGGGAAGUAUAUGCAGAACGGUGUGGUGAAGGACAAGAAUCUCUGAGAGCAUCGCUAUCGCCUCCUGUUGCACUUGGCUGUAACUGCAAGAUGGCAGCUUGCCGGAGAUCUUUUGUAACAGGCACUAUUAGUAGCUGGAUUUGCAAAAAAAAAACGUUAGGCUAUGAAACAUUUGCAUAAUUGUUUUAUUUAAUUGUAUUUACUAGCACUGUGAAUGUGGUUUUAAGUAAAUGAUGCCCAUAUGGACUGAUAAGGGUGGAUAGUUCAAGUGCAGAAAGUAAAAAUCCGGACUGAGAUUUUGUUUCAACUAACCAGUUGAGCAUAAAGAGUCACAGUAACAGAGAACUCAGCUGGUGGGUUAGAACAAAGUCUUGGUCUGCAUUUUUACUUUCUGGACCUGAGCUGUACAGCUUUGAUAGUAACUGUCAUGGGGACGACCAUAACUUGAUCCUGAAUCGGUCGUUAAGGGGAGUAUUAAGUGCUGUGUGGUAUUUCAGAUGGCUUUUUAUCUCAAGGAAGUUAUGUGGCCAUAGAGCGAUUCUGAGCCUUGGACUGACAGUCGGCAACAGUGAGACGGUCGUAAUGUCCGUCGGAGAGAAGCACAGACAGGCUGUCAGGCCUCCGCCGAGCAGCGGCCAAGAGAAACAUAACACCAUAGCUUCUGUUAAAGGAAGCAUAAGGUCAGCAUACCAUUCACCACGGCGCGACAGGUAACUGGCAGAUGGACGUACCCUCGGAGCGAAUCAAAUAACAGUUGUGCCCCCUGUGAAAGAGACUUGCCAGCUAGCCCCGCCCUCUCCCAUGGCACGCCGUCGUUCGGCCACGUCGCUCACCAGACACCCUUCUCAAUACCAAGAAUGCAAACGUCGUAUUUGGUCUUGGUCUCGGCAAGAGCGAUCUUACUUACUUGCCUUCCAAGAAUGAACUUGGUGUGCAAUGAAUCAUGGGAUUGGUCUUGUCCUGAGAUUUUUACCGUCCUCUAUACUUUUGUUCUUAGUAUUGGAACUGGUCUUCGGCAGUGGAAGAUGAUGCAUAAGCGUUACACGAGAACACAAGUAUGGUUAAGUACACAUUUUGAGAAACACCCUCUGUCUGAUCUUAUUUGACGAAGGGCGCACAUAGACAGGAAAUUAUGUCACAUCAACACACCUGUUUGGGCAGGACUGGAUGCAUGUCAGACUGAAGUAGUUUGUUAUGUAGUUAUUUGUAUUUCAUUUUAAUUUAAAUGUCAUUUAACAGGUUUGUUAAUGGGAAGUAGAUGUUGGUAAUAAGGACUGAUCCACGAGUGACUAAAGACACGAUGACAGUCUUAGGUACAGCUGCGGAUUUGCUUGUUUUAAUAGCGUUACUGAAGAUUGUGGAGAAUCAGGGGUAACCAUAAGCGCUUAGAUAAAUUUAUACAUACUGAGGUUUUAUAAAUGUGUUUUACUGUUAUGUGCAAGAAUCUUCUAACUCCGUUCAGUGACAUUGUAGGUGUGAGGAUUAUAUUUGUCAUUAUUGUAAGGAUCACCAAAUCUCUGACCAGGGGCACAUAGGUUUAAUGGAGGGGGGGGUCUGAUGUGUGUCAUGGUGAAAUCAGAAAUCAGUGUUAGAAGCAAAGAAAGCCAGGUCUCCUGCCCAGCUCCCAUCCUCUUGGAUGUCCUCUCCAGACCAUCUAACCUAGAGCAUGGCAUCAUGUCCGCAUCGCGGUUGGUUUGUGUUUCAUGUUUGUUCACAUGUAGUUUGGCUUAGGUGUCAGUUGAACAUUGACUUGUGUUCUCUGCUUUUGUUGGUCGUGGAGUUUCUGACCGGACAUCCAUAUGGGGUCACUGUACCGAGCUCAGAAACCCCACAUUUCAGGGUCGUCUAUCGAAGGGUAAAUCGUAUUUUCUAACAGUGUUAUAUAUCAGUAUCAGGCUUGUGCCAAAACCCAUAUUCCCCCAUAAUGCACUGGGAGAGCAGAUCUGAAUACAAUAGUAGGCUGUUUUCCUUCAGGGAGCUGGCUCAUCUACCCUCAACCUUUCUACCCUCCUAGUUUGGUGAAAAUUACCAGGUACUAAAAUAUUUUUUUGUAAUAAAACGAUUUUAACAUGCA